AUGGUGAAUGUGGAUGGACUCAAAAUCUUAAGAAACGAAUUGUUAUUGGGAAAAAAACAAACACAACAGGUUACAGAUCCUAUACAUUCUUGUGCAGUUCAUACCGUGCAAAAUUUUUUGGAUGAAGAAGCAUCACGUGCUGUUAAACAUAGAACAAGAGCUGAUAAAUAUAUCUCUCCAAGAGUAUACUAUGCUUACAAAUUUCAGAUUAGGCCGCAAAAUAUGCUCCUAAAAUCUGGAAGAUGUUUUCAACAGUUUGUUGUUGACAUGUAUGUGAAGAUAGAAAAUUCAAGGCUCGAUUAUCUAAGAAACAAUCAAGAUAUAAUAAGAGCUGAACUUUAUCAAGGUAUUCUUGAUAGUGUGGUGAGUGGAGAAACAGAUGCUUCUAAAAUUGGGCAUCUUGUUGUCUUGCCUCCAUCGUUCAUCGGUUGUCCUAGAGACCUUAAACGUCGAUAUUUAAAUGCUAUGGCAUUAGUUCAGAGGUAUGGCAAACCGGAUCUUUUUAUUACCAUGACAUGCAACGCAAACUGGCUAGAAAUAAAGUCUGAACUACAACCUGGAGAGAAAGCACAAGACAGACCAGAUAUAAUAACUCGGAUCUUCCGUGCUAAAUUAUUAGCGUUAAAAAAAAAGAUAAUGAAGGACAAAGUCUUUGGUGAAGUGGCAGCAGUGAUCUACGUUGUUGAGUUUCAAAAGAGAGGAUUACCACAUGCACACUUUUUGAUAAUACUGAAAUGUAAUUUCAAAAUAAGAGGGCCAACAGAGUAUGACAAAUUUGUUUCUGCUGAAAUCCCAUCGUUUGAUAAUCCUCAUCUUCGUAAAGUUGUCUUGGCUCAUAUGAUGCAUGGGCCGUGUGGCAAGAUGAAUCCAAAAUGCCCUUGCAUGAAAAUGAAUGGGAGAAAGUUAGUAUGUAAAAAUGGGUAUCCAAAAGAUUAUAUGUUAGAAUCAGCAAACAACAAAGAUGGAUAUCCUAUAUAUAGGAGAAGACAAACAGGUGAAAAGGUGAAAAUUAGACAAGAUGAGUUGGAUAAUCAGUGGGUAGUACCGUAUAAUCCGUAUUUACUACUCAUGUUUGACUGUCAUAUGAAUGUUGAGGUGUGCUCGACUAUCAAAGCAGUAAAAUAUUUGUACAAGUACGUUUACAAAGGGCAUGAUCGAAUCUCAUAUAAGAUUUCUGCCAUGAAUGAUAAUAAAGUAGAUGAAAUUGAACAAUUUUAA